AUGACGGACUCCUCAAAGAUGCAGAUAGAUCCCCCUGCAGAUUCUGCAGUUGGGACCAUCGAUGAGGGCCUAUACAGUCGUCAACUCUACGUUCUCGGCCAUGAGGCUAUGAAGCGCAUGAGCCAGUCGGAUGUUCUCAUCAUUGGGAUGAAGGGGCUAGGUGUCGAGAUUGCCAAGAACAUUUGCUUGGCCGGUGUUAAAUCACUAACCCUAUACGAUCCUAACCCUGUUGAAAUCGCAGACCUCUCGUCCCAGUAUUUCCUCCAAGAGAUCGACGUUGGUAAACGGCGUGAUGAAGUCACUUCCCCACGCCUAGGCGAGCUCAAUGCAUACACACCUGUCUCGGUUCACCAGAAGAACCUUUUCGAAGAUGUCGAGUCGCUCUCUAGAUUUAAGACUGUGGUUAUCACCGAGGCUCCACUUGAAAUUCAAUUAAAGGUCAAUGAAUUCUGUCAUAAGAACAAGAUUCCGUACAUCUCAGCUGAAGUUAGAGGGUUGUUUGGUAAUAUCUUUUGCGAUUUUGGAGAAGGCUUUGUGGUUGUCGAUCCGAAUGGUGAAAAUCCGCUGAGCGGAAUUGUGGCGGGAAUUGAUAGCUCAGGACUUGUUACUGCACUAGAUGAGACUAGACAUGGAUUUGAGGAUGGAGAUCAUGUUAUGUUCAGCGAAGUCGAGGGAAUGGAGGACUUGAAUGGCGUUGAGUUCAAGGUUGAAGUAAAGGGGCCUUAUACAUUUUCUAUCGGUGAUGUUUCGCAAUAUGGUACAUAUCUGCGUGGUGGACUCUUCACUCAAGUCAAAGCACCUAAAAUCAUCAAUUUCCAGUCGCAGGCCGAGCAACUCAAAAAACCGGAGUUCCUUGUUUCAGACUACGCAAAGUUCGAUCGACCUCUUCAGCUCCAUGUUGGUUUCCAAGCUCUCCACGCAUUUUCUACGGAACAUAAUACUCUUCCUAGACCUAUGAACAAAGAGGAUGCGGCGGAGGUGUUUAAAUACGCAACCGCAAUUGCGGAAACAUAUGGAGAGGAAAAACCCGAAUUGAGCGAAGAUCUCAUCAACGAACUAUCAUUCCAAGCUCGUGGAGAUCUUGCUCCAAUGUGUUCAGUUUUCGGAGGCUGGGCAGCUCAAGAAGUUGUCAAAGGCCUGUCUGGAAAAUUUGGUCCAUUGGUACAGCAUCUAUACUUCGACUCUCUUGAAAGUUUGCCAAGUUCCACACAGCGUUCGGAAGAGCUCUGCAAACCUUUAGGCACACGUUAUGACGGGCAGAUUGCGGUCUUUGGAACGCAGUUCCAAGACAAGAUUUCAAACAUGAAGCAGUUCCUUGUUGGUGCUGGCGCCAUCGGUUGUGAGAUGCUUAAGAACUGGGCUAUGCUCGGGCUUGCUACUGGCCCCAAUGGCCAAAUUUCAGUGACUGAUAUGGACUCAAUCGAGAAGAGCAACCUAAAUAGGCAGUUUCUCUUCAGACCUAAGGAUGUUGGGAAGUUAAAGAGUGACUGUGCUGCCGAAGCCGUCCAGGCUAUGAACCCUCAAUUGAAUGGAAAAAUUACCACCUUGAAGGAUCGCGUGGGGCCUGAUACUGAAAACGUGUUUAACGAGGACUUUUGGGAAGCCCUCGACGGUGUAACCAACGCUCUUGAUAACGUCGAGGCCCGAACAUAUGUCGACCGCAGAUGUGUUUUCUUCAAGAAGCCACUCUUGGAGAGUGGUACUCUUGGAACCAAGGGUAACACUCAAGUUGUCAUUCCGGGACUUACUGAGAGUUAUUCCAACUCCCAAGACCCUCCAGAACAGUCUUUCCCCAUGUGCACCCUCCGAAGUUUCCCUAACAAAAUUGAGCACACCAUUGCUUGGGCUCGUGAACUAUUUGAAUCCUACUUUGUUCAACCUGCAGAGAAUGUCAAUCUUUAUCUUUCACAGCCCAACUUUCUGGAAGCUACUCUCAAACACUCAGGAAACCAGAAACAGAUCUUGGAAACUAUCCGAGAUUACUUGGUGCUUUCCAAGCCCAUCACAUUCGAGGAAUGUGUCGCAUGGGCAAGACUUGAGUUUGAAAAGCAGUACAAUAACAACAUUCAGCAGUUACUUUUCAACUUCCCCAAGGAUUCGGAAACAUCCACAGGUACUCGUUUCUGGAGCGGGCCUAAAAGAGCUCCGGAUGCUUUGACUUUUGACUGGGAGAAUGAGACUCAUGCAGUGUUCGUUAAGGCUGCAGCUAAUCUGCAUGCCUUUAAUUAUGGAAUUAAGGGAAACCUUGAUGACGAGUUUUACAAAAAGGUGAUCGAUCAAAUGAUGGUCCCCGACUUUACUCCCUCAUCUGGGGUGAAAAUCCAAGCCAGCGAUGCUGAACCAGACCCGAAUGCCACUGCCCAAAGGUUUGACGAUGAGGAUGAGAUGCAGACACUUGUGCAGAGCUUGCCAGCUCCUAGUGCGAUGGCAGGGUACAGGCUUACCAAAGUAGACUUUGAGAAAGAUGACGACACAAAUCAUCAUAUGGAUUUUAUUACUGCUGCGUCCAACCUCAGAGCCCUUAAUUAUUCAAUCACCCCUGCGGACAAGCACAAGACCAAAGGUAUUGCAGGAAAGAUCAUCCCUGCUAUUGCGACAACUACAUCUCUUGUGACUGGUCUCGUCUGUCUUGAGCUAUACAAGGUCAUUGAUGGCAAGAACAAGCUCGAAGACUAUAAGAAUGCCUUUAUCAACUUGGCGCUGCCCUUCAUCGGAUUUGGUGAACCAGUUGCCAGUCCUAAGGGCUCGUACUUGGGACCCAAGGGUGAAGUAACUUUCGACAAGAUUUGGGACAGAUUCGACUUUGACCACGAAAUCACGCUGCAGGAACUUCUUGACGGUAUGAAAGAGAAAGGCCUGGUUUGCUCCAUGGUUAGUUGUGGAGUUAGCUUGCUCUACGGAAGCUUCUUUCCGCAAAAGAAGCUUGCGGAUAGGUUGCAUUUAAAGAUGAGAAAACUAGUUGAAGAGGUUUCUAAGAAGCCUGUACCACCGCAUACCAAGAACCUUAUUCUGGAGGUUUGCGUUGAUGAUGAGACAGGUGAAGAUGUUGAAGUUCCAUAUAUCUGUGUCCGUGUUAAAUAG